AUGAAGAGCUGGAACGAAGCUGAGCCGUUGAUUGCGCCGUCUCAGCGUCGCCCUGCAGGUAAUGGUGGAGGUCGGGUCCGCAUUCGGGCGCUCGGCCUGACGUUCGCAACGUGCAUGGCCAUUUUCGGAUUCGAUGCGUUGUUUGCAGAUGUCAAGAAUUGGACUCCGCCGGCGUGGAGGGGGCCGGUGAUUAGUGAGAAGCCGUUCGAGUGGUCUGAGAUCGAAGCAUCGGAAAACCUAAAGUUCCACAAAUGUUACCACGAUUUCGAAUGUGCGAAGCUGGGCGUACCACUUGAUUACUACCGCGACACAUACCCAGACGAGAGAGUUAGCAUUGCCAUUACUAAGCUCCCAGCAAAGGUAUCUGUCGAUGAUCCGCGUUAUGCCGGACCUAUCCUGAUCAAUCCUGGCGGUCCUGGCGGUCCUGGAGCUCUGUUUGCAACUCUCGUAGGAGAGAACUUGCAAAGCAUUGUCGAUGCAGACGUAAAGGUCACCAAUCUCAAGGACCCCAGCGUCAAGCCGGGCGAAUUGAGAUACUACGACAUCCUGGGUUUCGAUCCACGAGGAAUUGGCUGGACUGAGCCGCAAGCAGUAUGCAUGGACGAUCCCGCCGCCUCCUGGUCAUGGACACUGCGAGAAACCACCGAAGGUAUACUUGGGAGCUCCGAUGCAGCACUUGGCAGACUGUGGUCCAUGACACAUGCUUGGGGUGCUUCUUGCAAACAGGCAGUGGAUGCUGAAGAUGGCCCAGACAUCAAGCAGUACAUGUCGACAGCUCUGGUAGCACGUGAUAUGCUCGAGAUCGUCGAGAGACAUGCUUCCUGGGUUGCUGAGAAGCUGGACCAGUUGAAGAAAGACAAGUCUCGAUGCCAUCACGAUCCUAACCCUGCUCUGUACAAAUCUGAAUCUGCGGAGCUGAACUACUGGGGCUUCUCAUACGGCACGUUCCUGGGCUCUACAUUCGCUUCCAUGUUCCCUGACCGCGUCGGCCGCGUCAUUCUAGACGGCGUUGUGAGCUCGUAUGAUUACAAUCACAGUUUAGGAAACGGAUCUCUCACCGACAACGAGAAGGCGGUCAGUUCGUUCUACUCAUACUGUGUAGAAUCUGGCCCAGCAUCAUGCCCGCUGGCUACAUCCAACUCCACAUUUGACGACGUCAAAGAACGCGUCAAUAGCAUCGUCAAAUCACUAUACCACAGCCCUCUCGCUAUCAACUCCGCAAGUGGCCCAGAAAUCCUAACCUACUCCGACAUCAAAGGCCUCCUCUUCCAGUCUGCCUACCAACCCCAAGCUCUCUUCCCACUCGUCGCCUCCGUCCUUGCCGCCAUCGAAGCCGGUCAAGGCGACAUCCUCGAGUACCUCAAAGAAAGCACCCGCUACAGCCACAUCUACUCCUGCCCCGUGAACGGCUCCACCCCAGCUAUCGACUACACCUCCGCCGUCCCGACCUACGCCGUCCUCUGCUCGGACGGCAUUGACGUCACCCACGACGACAUCGCCUCAUUCACAGCCUACUGGCAAGACAUGGUCACCCUCGCCCCCACCUCCGCCGACAUCUGGGCGAUGCUGCGCCUCCGCUGCAUCGCGUGGAAAAUCCACGCGGCGUACAAAUUCUCCGGCACCUUUGGCGGCAACACAUCCCACCCGAUCCUCUUCCUCAGCAACACCGCCGACCCCGUGACGCCGCUGCGCAGCGGGCGCGUCAUGCACGCGCUGUUUGAGAACUCGGGGCUCCUUGUGUCGGACUCUGCGGGCCAUUGUAGUGUUGCUCAGCCCGAUUUGUGCAUGCUCAUGCAUAUCAAGGAGUAUUUCCAGACGGGCGUGUUGCCGCCCGCUAAUACGCUUUGCGUGCCGCCGACCAGUCCGUUUAGUUUGAAUUCGACGGAUCCGAAGAGUCCGUUUUAUGAUCCAGGGUUGGAGGGGAUGAGGGUUGAGAGGGCGGUUAGCGGGCAGGAUAUGGAUAAGGAGAGCAUGGAGCUGCAGGAUGCGGCGUGGAAGGUGGCGAGUAAGGUUGUUAGAGAGGAGUGGUUUGGGGUGGGGAGGUUGAUUGGUGGGAGAGGGUUGGGGAGGGAGAUGGUGAGGAGGGCGGGGUUGAGGGGGUAG